AUGUAUGAAUCCCGACUGAAUGAGACAUCAACUUUCAUCAAUAUCUGUCGUCCGAUGUGUUUCCCUGAAAGCGAAGCUGCCAUGGGAACCGGGCUUUCGACGAUCCAGUGGACAAAGAUGGCUCCAGUUUUUCUCACAAACAACAAGCACGCCAUCUCGAUCAUAGGGAAACCCCCUCCCCCCGCCCCCUCUUAA